AUUCACAAAAUUUUCCCUUUAGCUAAGAAAUAGUCUAGUUACGGGACUGUUUAUUCACUAUUUAUUUUGUUUGUUUUUCCUAAGCAGCCUAGAGAUGCCUAUGGAUGUUCAAUUUUGAAGUUUGGUGAGUGUUGUUUUUGAGUACUAGUACCUGACACCAAAUCCAUUCAUUUCUCCCUUCCAUCCCCACUAGAUACCCCUCUUGAUCUCUCUGCCUAUAAUAGACUCACAGAAUUUUGUGCCCUUCUUAUAUACACUGAACAAAAUUAUAAACGCAACUUUUGUUUUUGCCCCCAUUUUUAAUGCGCUGAACUCAAAUAACUAAGACUUUUUCUAUGUGCGCAAAAGGCCUCUUUCUCUCAAAUAUUGUUCACAAAUUUGUCUAAAUCUGUGUUAGUGAGCACUUCUCCUUUGCCGAGAUAAUUCAUCCACCCCACAGGUGUGGCAUAUCAAGAUGCUGCUUAGACAGCAUGAUUAUUGCACAGGUGUGCCUUAGGCUGACCACAAUAAAAGGCCACUCUAAAAUGUGCAGUUUUAUCACACCGCACAAUGCCAUAUAUGUUGCAUGUUUCAAGUGCCGCGCAAUUGACACGCUGACUGCAAAAAUGUCCACCAGAGCUGUUGCCCGUGAAUUGAAUGUUCAUUUCCUUACCAUAAGCUGUCUCCAAAGGCAUUUCAGAGAAUUUGGCAGUACAUUCAACCAGCCUCACAACCGCAGACCACGUGUAACCACACCAGCCCAGGACCUCUACAUCCAACAUCUUCACCUCCAAGAUCGUCUGAGACCAGCCACCCGGACAGCUGCUGCAACAAUCGGUUUACAUAACCAAAGAAUUUCUGCACAAACUGUCUCAGAGAAGCUCAUCUGCAUGCUCGUCGUACUCAUCUCGACCUGACUGCAGUUUGUUGCCGUCGUAACCGAUUUGAGUGGGCAAAUGCUCACAUUCGAUGGCAUCUGGCACUUUGGAGAGGUGUUCUCUUCACAGAUAAAUCCCGGUUUUCACUGUACAGGGCAUACUCACCAGACAUGUCACCCAUUGAGCAUGUUCCAGGUUCUGCCGAUAUCCAGCAACUUUGCACAGCCAUUAAAGAAGAGUGGACCAACAUUCCACAGGCCACAAUCAACAACCUGAUCAACGCUAUGCGUAGGAGAUGUGUUGCAAUGUGUGAGGCAAAUGGUGGUCACACCAGAUACUGACUGAUUUUCGGACCCCCCAGACUCCCUCAAUACAGUAAAACUGCACAUUUUAGAGUGGCCUUUUAUUGUGGCCAGCCUAAGGCACACCUGUGCAAUAAUCAUGCUGUCUAAUCAGCAUCUUGAUAUGCCACACCUGUGAGGUGGAUGGAUUACGGAAAAGGAGAAGUGCUCACUAACACAGAUUUGUGAACAAUAUUUGAGAGAAAUAGGCCUUUUGUGUACUAAAAAGUCUUAGAUCUUUGAGUUCAGCUCAUGAAAAAGGGGGACAAAAACAAGUGUUGCAUUUAUAAUUUUGUUCAGUGUUCAUUAAAGAAAGUUGUUUGUUCUUUCCUCUAAUUUUAUUUUUUUGUUUAUGCAAUUGCUUUACCAGCAGUUUAAAUUCUUUGAAAAUUAAAUAGUUUUUAAGUAAUUUAUUCAUUUAUAUAUUCACCUGUUUUUACAGCUUGAUUUGACAUUCAUCUGCUAGCUGUGAUCAUUAUCAGCAUUUUUUUGGUUGCCAUCAUGCAAACCACAGAUUUGGGAAGCAAAGAAACUGGAAAGAUCUGGCAUAGAAAGUCCACUCCUGCCACCAAUGAUGGGUAAACAAGACACCACCCUUGGGGUUGGUCUCUGGGGUGUGGUCACCAGUGUAUAUUUGUCAAAAAUAGCAUAAACCACUAUAGAGUACAACAUACCGGUAAUACUAAGAAUGGACAACUGCUCAAUUGGCUUGCAUUUGGGGGUUCUCUGCUCAUCUUGUACUGUUACAGAGAGUACCUGAGUAAUUUGCAAACCAGGCUGUUCUCACCCAAAAGGGUGGGUGGUCCUGUUAUGAAAUGUUGGCCAGCCCGCUCUACAUAAAUUUAUACAGCAACCCCAAACGAUCAUUCUGACCUUGGGGGGCUUUGUCAGUGAGGUGUGGCUAAACCUCACUAGGUACAAUGAGCAUGUGGUCCAUGUCAUUAUUACUUCUUUACUUUGGGGACAUCCUAUGGCGUGUGCAAAAAAAUGCAAGAGAAUACUGAGAAUGAACAACAACUCAGCUUGCCCUCAGUCUCAAGCUGGUUUUAUCUAAAAAAAAUAAAAAUAAAUUAGAUAUAUUCCUCUCUGCCUAAAGGCCCAUUACCUCCCUAUGGGAGAUGCAGCCAUUUGUCUUAAGAGGGGAGUCCAACAUUUUUAAAUGCAAGACUUUUCCCAUUUAAUUUUAAAAUACUUGGUGCCCUUGUUUAAUAAUUUAAAUUGCAGUUAAACUUGUGUUAUACAGCACCAGGACAUUCCCUUCUGAUCAGCCUAUCCUCCUCCAGUGAAUACAAACAACAAUGAUAGUGUGCAGCGCAAAACAAGGUGAUACCACAGAGUAAAAUGUGAUACAUGCACUGUGAAGGUAUAUAUACCCAAUGAAAGAUACACAGAUACCCCAAUGUAUAAACAGAGUCAGAUCUUAACUGAAGAUCAGAAGAUACUGAAGGAUUCAAUAUAACCUUUCUCCUCUGUCAGUCUCUUUUUCAAAUGUUUAGAGAGGAAAAAAAUCCAAGGAUAUUCUUGUGUGGAGGCACAACGCGUUUCGACGAACAAAAUCGUCUUCCUCAGGUACAAUAAUAAUAAUAGGUUAUUGUACCUGAGGAAGACGAUUUUGUUCGUCGAAACGCGUUGUGCCUAUGGAACAAGCUCCACACAGAAGAAUAUCCUUGGAUUUUUUUCCUCUCUAAACAUUUGAAAAAGAGACUGACAGAGGAGAAAGGUUAUAUUGAAUCCUUCAGUAUCUUCUGAUCUUCAGUUAAGAUCUGACUCUGUUUAUACAUUGGGGUAUCUGUGUAUCUUUCAUUGGGUAUAUAUACCUUCACAGUGCAUGUAUCACAUUUUACUCUGUGGUAUCACCUUGUUUUGCGCUGCACACUAUCAUUGUUGUUUGUAUUCACUUUACUGUGGGAUUUUUGUGAUUAUUCCCACUUAGUGUGUUCCAGCUGCUGUGUCUAGCGCCACGGUCUAUACUGUUUGCCUUUUUUCUCUAUCCUCCUCCAGUGAAGUUCCAAUAAAUGACUUUGAAAAGAAAUGUAUCUAAAGGAGGAAGUGGCUUUUGUAACUGUUUUAAAGGGGACAAAGCAAUCUGUACCAAUUAUGGUGCCAGGGGAAUUAUUUUAUUAGAUUAUCUGUGUUUUUAUAUUAUUGUUUGUGGUGGGCUGUGCUUUAUAUGUGUGCUCAAGAAAUGCUAAAGUCACUAAACACCGAAUUGUAAUAAACGGAAAACCAAAUUACUAUAUUUAAGCAAAAAUUGUUGAUUUGGAAAUCUUAUCCAACUUUACUUUAGUUACAGCUUGGCUGUUUUAUUUAUAAUUCAGGUUUCAACUUACUACAGUAUUUAGUAAAUAAACUUAAGUGUGGCAAAAGCAGCACUAUGGGAGUGCAUAGAUGCACUUAGACACAAUUUAAAGGAACACUAUAGUGCUAGGAAUACAUAUAAUGUACCUUUAAGAACAUUACAUGCGGUUUAUAUCUCAACCAACACAUAGUAAGUUACUUCAAGUAAAAUUCACCUGUCGGACAUGCUUCAUCAGACAUGAUGGUGUUGCUACCAUCUUCCACUCAUUAUUUCAAUGGUUUCAAUAGUUCCCAAUAAUCUUAUUCUAUCCUUGCAGUGAAACUGCUUUACCCAGAGCAUUUUGCAUCUUAUGACAUUGAUGAACUAAAGUUUUCAUUUAAAAAUGACAAACUAUUGUAUACUGCUGCUGUCAGCUGGACUGAGCGUAAAAUAGUUCUAACACGCAAUUUAAUACCUGUCACGUUGUAGUCUUGUGUUAGAUUAGUUCCAGGGUUUGCUUCAUUCCAGCAUGCAUCUUAAACCCUCAAAUAAUGUCUUUUUUUAAAUUUUUUUUUUUACACUUCUGGGGUUCAUAUACUAGCAGCCGUUUCUUUUUUAGAAACAUUCUGAUUUGCUGAGAGUUUAUAGAAACUGAAUAUGUUGGCGUCAAUCCAAUCAUAUUUAUUGGGGAAGCGAGUCCAAUUUUUAUUGGUUUAAAAAUAAAUACAUCAUACCAUUGGAAGUUAAUUUAUAUGGGGUUGGGCUAUUUUGUUUUGUAUGUCUUUCCAGGAUUAUAGUGAAUAUUGUGCAUGGAAGUACUGCCAGUCACUCCAAUACGGGAAGAUUUUUACAGGUGGCUUUUGACGGUCCUGGGGACUCCUUUCUUGCUGGUGAUCAUCUUGGAAAUGUCUAUUCAUUCAAUUUAAAUAGAAACAAGUAAGAAAGUGUCUCUAAGUAUUGUUUUAUAUAUGACAUUUUAGGUUACUGAUUUGAUAAGGGCAUAUGGGAUUUGAGUUUGUACAAUGUGCAGAUUAGAUUGAUUUCCAGAAAAAGUGUGCUGUUUCCUAAAAUGGAGUGCUUCUGUCCUUGCUCCCUGUCAGUCAUUGUUAUAAUCUCUGGCCUUUGUCAUUCAGCAAAAUAAAUGUUUGUUUCUCUUUCUCCUGCAAAGUGUGCCAAGGACUAAUCUAGAUUGUGAUAUCAAUUGUUAACUCGUUAAAUGGUUACUCCAAUCAUCAUAACCACCAGAGCAAACUGCAGGAGUAACCUGGCCUAAUUCACUGGCAAUGGUGCACACCGUUUAGCAAUUCGUUGGCUGAGAGCAUCAGCUGACCACUCUCAACCAAUGAAUGAAAUUCCGUGCAAUGAUAGUUGCACAGAAUUGACGUUAGCCAGCCUGGAACUCUAGUUCCUGGCUGCCUGAUGAAACCUCAGUGAUGCUGCCAAAAGUGGUGUUACACCUCCAGCAGCAGAGGGGUUAAACUCUGCAUGUGCAGCGUUUCAUAGUGAAAUGUUGCACAUACAAACUCGAGUCACUAUGAACACGUCAAAUCACUAAAGAGGUCAUGGUGCUUGGAAUAACCCUUUAAUAUAUUUUUAAAGUAUAAAAAUGUCACAUGGGGAGAAAAAGGUUAACCAAGUUUAUAGGUUAUUUUCAGUGCAACGGUGAUAUCCUUACUACAUGUCUUCCUGUGUAUAAUCCAGGUCAUUCCUCAAAAGCCAGUGGGCAUUCAAAACACUGAUAGACAAAAUUUCACUCAAAUUCUGCGUAAUUGUUUGUAGUCAGUUAGAUGUCUUGUCAGGUUACUCUAUAAUGCCAGGCUGUAUACAAGAUAGGCCUCAGCAGAUCAAAUAGGUGGUGAUUUUCUCAGCUGAAAAAUAUAUAUAUAUAUAUAGGUUAUAUAAUCCUGUAUCAUUCAAUGUAUGUUACCUGCAUCACAUUAAAAAAUGAUUUGGGUAUUUUUCCUAAUAGGUUUGAUCUUGUUCAACGGACCACACAGGCAUGCACAGCUCUAGCAUUUAACCUUCACAGAAAGUCCGAAUUCCUUGUGGCCCUUGCCGAUUACUCUAUUAAAUGUUUUGACACAGGUAAGUUAUAUGAAGGUUUGACCAAUUCUAAUCUUGGAAUAGUCAUGUAUGUAUGUUAAAGGAAUUGAAAAGAACUCCUAUAGCAUCUUCCAACACCUUUUUUCAACAUUGGCCAUCUAAAUGCUUGUAUUCUUGUUGGAUAUUUCAUUUUGUGAGUUAGCAAUCAUUUUUUACCAAGUAAAGGGCUACCUUUGUAACAGAUAAAGCUGUUACUCUUAAAAGCAUUUAUAAACAUUUGCACUGACAUGUUAGAAUGUUUGCAUUGCCAGUAGUCGCAUUGUUAUACAAAUAAUGCGUUGAGUUUUCAACUAGUUAAUUUUUAACAUUCUCUUUCUGCAUUUAAACUUUUUUGCUCCUUCAGAUCGUUCUUAAUUUGAACAAGUUGGAACAACAUUUACUCCAUACCUAUAUGCAUCAACAUUCUUAGCAAACUUGUUGUGGGAGUGCCAAUAAUAAGUGUGAAAUCAUUUUUUAAGUGUUUAAUGUUAAAUAAGAGUCCCCAGCAGCCCACCCCCUUUGUUCUACUUGGGCUACUGAGGAAGCAUUAGCCUGAGCAGCAGUAGGUGGCUGUAAUUGGCUGAGAGUGUCAGAUGACCACUUUCAGCCAAUCACAGCACCCAGUGAUAGUAUGAAUGAGUAUGACUAGAAGGAAGUGUGUAAUGUGUGUCUUGGCCAGGCUGUGAAUGACCAGGGACUCUUAUUUCAUGUUAAACUACUCAGAAGUAAUUUAACAGUGAAUGACAAGGUAGCACUAUAGGGCUCCAAUUAUGUGAGAUGAAAUGGUUACAGUGCCUACAGUGUCCCUCUAAGGUUGAUUUUUCUUUUCCAGUUCUGAGCUUGAGAGAUGUUUGCUUCAUUGGUGUUUAUUAGUCCCCUAGUUGUUGGGCUAUGAUUCCUACAGGAAGUGGGGGCGGGGCCGGACCGCUGAGCUGGACUGUCGCAAGUAAGAACAGCUCCUGCAACUAAACUGCGGACACCCUACUAAAAUAUGAUUUUUCACCCCAAAACCGACCAGCAACGACGUUGUCUGGAACACGGGGGGCUGUUGGAUCCAGGGAGGGGCUAGCUCACCGAGCUUCAGGUCCCUGGAGGAGAGAGUCUCGAAGCAUAACCUGGAGCCUACUCCGGCGGUGAGUGGGGCGGACUGCCGACGCCCCACUAUCCUGCAUCCCUGACCCCGUUUAGGGGCACGAAACAGAGUGGACCUGGCCCUGUCCCCCCCCCCCCCCCCCCCGGAUUGGGGGGUUGAUUCUGGUCCUCACCCUAUGGCCAAAGUGGUCGCAAACAGGAGGGCCCGGACGCUGCACUCAAGAUGGCGGGAGGUCGAACUGUUUCCUCCCCGCAUGCGUGGAUGACUGCGGACAGGCGUCUCUAGCUGUUGACUCCAACAGGGCGACCAUCUUGAUAGCCAGACCUCAAUCCUCCGAUUCAGCAGUGUAUCUUGUCGAUGAGACCACAUCAGUAUUCCAGUGGGGACCAGUGGGGACCAGUAUAUCCCCUGCCGGUGUGUGGAAGGGGGGGGGCCCUAAGCAAGCAAGCAAGCCCCAAGUCAAGGCUGAGGUUCGACCACCUCACCCCACGAAGAGGGUAGCUGCAGGGCUCAGGAAAGUCAGACACUAGCUGGAACCACAGCCUUCAGGCUUAGAAGUGUCAAAUAAUCGGCAGGGUGUUCCCCAUGGUUACAUGCAGGGUUUGGGCCAAUUUUUGCACUAUUCUGGCAUAGCAUGUUAUGUAGCGCUGAAAAAGGGUUACAAAGUUAAUUGGACAGAAUCUGGUAAAUCAGAUUCCAGGUCCUGUGUGAAGCUUAGAAUCUAUAGUGUCUGGGAACUGCUGGAGCCAGUUAACAUAAGCUUUUUACAGUUCAUCUCAUAUGCGAAGACUGUAGAUCCUGUUAAAUUCAACAAAUACAUAACAAGACAGUUGAUGGCUUUGUGCUGUGCUUUUUUAAUUUUUAUUUUAUUUAUUAUUCUUUUUAUCUGGUAUACAUUUUUUUGCAUUUGGUAUCAUUGUGAUACUGUUCUGCUUUUUUAUUUUUUUUUGUAGAUACAAAGGAAAUGGUGAGUUGGAUGCGUGGCCAUGAUUCUUCGGUUACAUCCAUCUCUGUACAUAGCUCUGGGAGAUAUGCAAUUACAACCUCCAGUGACACUGCCCAACUCUGGGACCUGGAUACCUUCCAAAGGAAAAGAAAACUCAAUGUCCGCCAGUCUGUUGGAAUACAAAAGGUUCUUGUUAGAAGAUUUUUGGAAAAUAUUUUUUUCGCAUAGAUUCUCUAAAAUGUCUAAGAAAAACUUGCUCUGUUUAACUAAAUUAUGUUGACUAUACACCUAAUACUAUGUUUAAAGUACCAGUAAAAGUAACCCUUUAUUUCUCUCUAUGCAUGCCUGUGAUGCCUAUAAAAAUGUAUGCGCUGUAAAUCAAGAUAAAAUGCUAUCUAUACAUGUUGCUAGCAAAUGUAUAGAUUGGGAGAAAAUGUGAAUGUAUAUAAUUUACACUGUAAUGAUCUAGAACAUAUAAAACCAAAAGAGAAACACAGUACAGCAAUGUAAAAAAUAGGUGUCUGACUAGAGUUAAGCCAAAACAAGCUCACAAACGUGGAGUGGUUGAAGUACAGUAAAAUACCUGUUAAGUCCGGCUCACAGUGUGUAAGUAGAUAAGGUCUCUGGUUCGUUGGGGUGCAGUCCGAGUGCGCUUUCUCCUCCCCGCAAACAACCAACUGAUCUCUGACUUCACUUCCAUGUUCUGUGUGUUCAGCGUGCUACGCGUUUCGCCCCGCCUUUUGGGGCUUUCUAAAGCAUGUAGGGAGUCGUCCCAUUCUGCUUCUCUUUAUACCGUAACAAAAAAUAAUCUCAAGUCCCACCUCAUAUCAGUUAAAAAUCCAAGUGGAUCCUGUAACACUAUAUUGCUUGUGUGUGUAUAGAUGGUAAGAAAAUAGUCUUUAUAUAAAAAGAAACCGAGAAUACAGUACAUCUGAUAAUUAUCCUAGAAACUGUUAUGAAAACAGAUAUAACGCAUAAACAUCAAAUCCAAACCACAACUACAUACAGGUAGGGAAAAUACAGAUAUUCUCUUACAUCCUGUCAUACAGCCCCCUAUUAUCCUAUAAAAAAUUACUAAGAAACAAAUAAAAAAUAAUUCAGUCUAUCAAUAGGGACAGCUCACCUAAAUCACUUCGUGAUCUAUAAAGGCAGAUCGCCUAAAACAACGAACCAGAGACUUUACUUACACACUGUGAGCCGGACGUAACAGUUAUUUUGUUUUUAUUCAUAAAUAAAGCAUUGGGUAUUUUGUUCAGCUGGUGGCAAGUCUACUAUUUGGAUCCAACGUACACAUGGGCUUGAUCCUCCCUUUGCCUUAUAGUCUGGAGUGGUACUUCAAUCACUCCACGUUUGUGAGUUUGUUUUUGGCUUAACUCUAUUCAUACCCCUAUGUUUUACAUUGCUGUACUAUGUUUCUCUUUUGGUUUUAUAUGUUCUAGAUCAGCGUUUCUCAAACCAGUCCUCAAGACCCCCCAACAGUCCAGGUUUUGUUAGUAUCUUCAUUGGGGGAAAAAAAAGAGAAAUUCAUAAAUCCUUGACUGUUGGUGGGCCAUGAGGACUGGUUUGAGAACCACUGUUCUAGAUUAUUAAGAAGGACAUUGCAAAAGUCUGUGCAAGUAUACUCUAUAUGGUUUUUUUUUCACUACAUUACAGUGUAAAUUAUAUACAUUCACAUUUUAAUAUUUAUGUAUAUACAUUUUAUAAUCCACGUUUGCACUGUAUUUUAAAUUUGGUUGCGCACCCAUAAUAUUGUUUUUUAUUGUUCGGGAAGUUUUAUAUCCGGGUUCUGUAUGGGUUGCUUCAUGUGAUUUGACUUGACACUGAUUUGGGUGUAGAUACUUUGCAUUGUGUUUGCACCAAUUUUGUAUUCUGUUAAUGCAAUUUGUAAAAUUAGUGUAGUUAUAAACAGUACCCCAAGGUUGUCACUCAGACAGACAGAAUAUUAUGUUCUAGCGCUUCCUGUGUCAAUUUUGUCCAUAUUAUGCAUGCUCACUUCUGCUCAUAUACAAGGAUUAAUACGAUAAGGUAACUCCCCUUUCCCUGUGGUGGAGGGGUCUCUCUACUACUUACACUUACUGCAAGGUCAGAAGCAUUAGGAACUUUUAAAGGAAUCCCUUUAUAUCUCUCUGUCUCUCUCCUCCCACUAUCUCUUUGUCUCUUUCCUUGCACUCUCUGUCUCUCUCUCAUUGCAAGAAUGUUAUCACCACCAAAGUGAUUCCUGGUGGCUGAAGCACCAGGAGCUAAAAACAAACCACCAAGACAGCACCACCUAUAGGGGACAGUUGCAGCUAUGUAGAUCUACCUUCCAUUGCACACCGGGGCAUGCGCUCUGCAAGCGAGCAUGUCUCUUUCAGGGGCCCUUGGGCAAAAAAUGUUAGUGCUGGGCAUUGUCAAAUAUUUCUCACAGAGAAGCAUUGAGGACAAAACUGCAGCCCCAAGAUUCUCUGAUUGGUUUUAUUUAGAUUAAGGGAAGAUGAAGUGAUUAUGGUGCUUACAGUAUAUAAUGUGUGUCAAAGAUGUAAUAUGUUUCAGAUAAUGGUUGUGUGUGGCUACGAGGGAACGCUGAUUGUCUUUUUCUACUACAGGUGUUCUUCCUUCCUUUAAGUAACACAAUCUUGAGCUGCUUUAAAGAUGACUCGAUCUUUGCCUGGGAGAGCGACACCCUCUCUUGCAAAUAUCAGCUACCGUGUCCUGAGGACGGAUCGAAGAUGCAUUAUAAUGCCUUUGCUAUUACAAGGUGCAAUUCCACUUUGUUACUUCCUGGACGCUAUAUUUGAUUAACGCUGUGUUACAGUACAACCUGGUGCUGGGAGUGUGCGUCUAUAUUUACUUCUCCUGUGCUGCAUUGAUUAACUAAAAUCUGCCCUGCAAUAGGAGCAGCACUGUUGUUUCUGAGUGUUAUUACUGGCUGUCACAGAACUUCAUAUUCCAUAAACCUCUGGUGGGCAGGUUUAUAUUGGUAUAUGCAUGUUUCCCAUUGUAAACAAUAGAUGAGCAGCAAAGGGAAGUAUGUACUUAUUUAUAUUGUUUGUUUUUCUUUUAUGUAUUUUAUUGGAUUCCCAAAUUAACUGAAUACGACAGUGCAUCUAGUAACAGUUUAGCAUUGAAGAAUUAAGUGUGUUAGUUCUGUGUUGGAGAAACAAGCAUUUACCAGAACAUUCCCUAAUUAAUCUCUGCGAUAAAAUGUUACCUAAUGUUUAGUUUUUUUUCCCUAAACUUGGUUUUUAACACUAUAAUAACACUAUAGUCACCUAAACAACUUUAGUUUAAUGAAGCAGUUUUAGUGUAUAGAUCAUGCCUCUCAGGUUUCACUACUCAAUUCACUGCCAUUUAGGAGUUAAAUCACUUUGUUUCUGUUUAUGCAGCCCUAGCCACACCUCCCCUGGCUAUGACUGACACAGCCUGCAUGAAAAAAAAUAAAAAAUGGAUGUAAUUUACCUUAAACAAUUAAAAAAAAAAAAAUCUUUCUCUGUAAAUUGAACUUUAAUCACAUACAGGAGGCUCCUGCGGGGUCUAGCAAGUUAUUAACAUAGCAGUGGAUAAGCAAAUCUAAAUGAAACAGAACUUGCAAUAAAGGAAGGAUAAGCUUUAGAUGACUUUACAGGAAGUGUUUAGGAAGGCUGUGUAAGUCACAUGCAGGGAGGUGUGACUAGGGUUCAUAAACAAAGUGAUUUAACUUCUAAAUGGCAGAGAAUUGAGCAUUGAGACUGCAGGGACAUGACCUAUACACCAGAACUGCUUCAUUAAGCUAAAGUUGUUCAGGUGACUAUAGUGUCCCUUUAAGUUCAGUUAUUAGGUUCAUCUCUUCACUGCAUAUACCAGGAUCUGCAUGGAUCAGGAAUGACUUGGACAGACUUGGCUACCACCAUGCUUUUGGUUGGGAAACCUUACAUAGAACCAAGAUUUCCCACAAUGUCUAUGAUGAUCGUUCGUUCUUUAAGAACGUGCCCUUGCGUUAGCUUUUUACACGUAACUUUCAUAGUACAUGAAUGGUGCUCUGACAUUGAUCAUUUAAAUAAUUUAUCAUUGACUAAUGUUUUUACAGAAACUGAAUCACAGUGUAAACAGAUAAUGCAUUUGUGUAAUAAUUUGAUCUGUUCUUAUUCAGGGAUGGGAGAAUUCUGGCAGCUGGAGGAAAAUCGUGCAAUGUGCAUCUCUGGUGUUUGGAUUCGAAGCAGCUUUACCGAAUAAUCCAGCUGCCUGCUACAGUGCGAAGUGUGAGGCAGCUGGAGUUUCUCCCAGAUAGCUUUGAUGGCUGUUCCAGUCAGGUAAGCAAUGGUUUUGUGACAUGCCAUCAUGCACGGUGAUUCAGGUAUACUUAUCUGAAGCCUAGCUUCUUUUCAGCUUUUGAAUGAUUCGAUACAUACAUCAGUCCCCGUAGGUGAGUGGAAGUUUAAGGAACACUCUAGUGAUAGGAAUACAAAGCUGUAUUGGUAUAGUGUCCCUCUGCCUCUGUGUCGCCCUCACCCCUUUUCCUCUGCCUGAUGUUGAAAGGGUUAAAAACCCUUUUAACACUUACCUCAUUUCCAAUGCCGAUUUCUCUCAGCGCUGGAUCUGACUCCUCCUCCAGCGCUUUAAAACUUCCUCAUAGAAGAGCAUAGAAUCAAUGCUUUCCUGUAGGGAUUUUGAAGAUGCUGGACAUCCUCAUGCAAAGAGGACAUCUAACAUCAAAUUCAGGAAGCAACUCUAGUGGCUGUCUUAACCCUGUAAUGUAAACAUUGCAGUUUCUCUGAAACUGUUUUACAUUGAAGGAUAAAGAGGACAGGGACAUUGCACCCAGACCACUUCAAUGAGAUGAAGUGUUCUGGGUGCCAAUAGCAUCCCUUUAAUAUCCUCAAUUCCAUCUUAAACUGACCAAAAUGUAUAUUUUCAAAAUGGAUGAGGAACCUUUUCUAUAGCAAUCUCUGUAAAGAGACUUCUGUCACCAUAUCUACUACAGGUCCUCAUAAUGGUUAUUGUCUUUACAGUGCCCCAUUAAACCGUGUAGGGCAAGAGUGUGCAUCCAUGUUCGAGCCUCGAUUGCAUUCUGGGCCAUUAGUUGUAAUAAACAUGGUUAUAUUGUUUUGCAGUUCUUUUUAUGAAAGACGAAGUAUGCAAAAAAAACAUAUUGAACCCAGGCAACCUUGUAAAAGGCCUUCUCUGCAUCUACACCGCAGAGAAAAGGAUAUUUAAGUUUUCCCCUUUAAAUGACGAUACAGCAUUUGAAAUGUAAUUUGCUAUUUUAAAAUAUUAUAUAAUUGUUUUACCAGUUUCUGACUUCACAAAUUCAGAUUUUUCACGCAGGUGCUAGGGGUGCUCAGCCAAGAUGGUAUAAUGCGCUUUAUCAAUAUUCACACGUGCAAACUUAUAUUUGACAUUGGCACCCAUGAUGACGGAAUAGUUACUUCAUCUAUCAGCACCAAUGGCCGGUACAUUGCCAGCAUAAUGGAGAAUGGCAGUGUGAACCUAUAUAAUGUCCAAGUUCUGACCAGAGAAAUCAAUAAGGUAAUGUUCAACGUUUUUAAUUUAAUUUUUAAUUUUUUAUAUAUACAGGUUUAUUCACUGAAAUAAUUUGGUCUGACCGAUUCUGUAACAUUGGUUCAGAGAAUCAUUAUUGCUUCCGAACCAACGUGCAGCACCAGAAUCGGAGAUUUAUUAACGACCGCCUGGUGGCUGAUGAUGAAAUGAAUGCAUUCGGCAGGAUUCUCGUUCACAAAUUAUCAUUCACUUGCUAUUUGCGAGUGAAUUGGUAAUUUGAAGAACUAUUUGCCUGCUGGCCACACUAGUAGUCAGUGGGCAAAUAGUUAAAAACCCUCGGAGGUUCAAGGAUUAAUUAUUGGGCAGCACGCCAGUGCUAGCUAGUCAGCUGCCACAUGGAAAUAGUAUAGUUGGUCAAUAACACUCCCAUAAUACUAUAAUGGUGGUAUUCUAUCUCCAGCUGGGGGCAUGUCUACUAAACCUUUAAUACUAGCAACUUGGUAGCCAUUGCUGCCCAGAUGCUAGAAAAGGCUUCAUCCCAUUGGCAUUGGGCAUCGGCUACUCUAAUAUUUAGGGAGGAGGGACAUAUGGGGCCUAGUGUCCCCACCCCAGGCUCCCAUUCACAUUGUUUGGUAGGGGCCCUAAUAUUUAUAAAAUGGGAUGGGCGAAUAUGACUUUUUCCACCCCUCCCCUGGAAGGCUAGGAAUCCCUUAGCCUCACUCUAAAAUAAAGUCUCAUCCUAAUAACAGUGAGAAGGGAGCCAUAAAAUCUAAAACCUAAAAAUGUUUAAAAUAAUAAAUAAAAUUUUACUUACUUUUAGAAGUCUUCUUAACCAACUUAAUAACAUACCGGAAAAAUAAAAACCUCACCGUAAUAGAAUGAGUGCUCAUUGAGGGGGAAACCCGUUUGUAGAUUUCCCAUGAUAUGACAGCUAAGCUAGUAAGCCAACCAAUCAGAGCUCUGACAGCCAAAUCUCGAGACAGGUUUCAUAACGUGGGAAACCUAUAAAAGGGCUGUCCUGAGCCUAUUCUGCAGCAAGCCCUGCAUUGGUGAAGAUCUAUUAUUCAUUUUUUUUAUUUUUAUUUUUUUGCAACUUCCGGAAUUAUGGAAUUUUGGGGGAUAAAGAAGUAGAAGAAAGAAGACUGGAUAGAAAGAUAAAUGUUUUAUUUAUUUAUUAGAUUUUAUUCCCCUCUCCUCACUAUUAUUAGGGUGAGAGAUGUGGUAGGUAGGGACUUUAUUUUAGGGUUUAGGACCCCUAGGUACAAUGGGGGUACUAUUAUUAGAGAGGGUGGACAGCGAUUUGUCAACCCUCCCCAUAUUAUAAUUAACUAGGGCCACCACACGCCGGAAUGGGUGGGGGGCCAGUGGAGGAGACACUCUAUCUUACAAGAUUAGGGCCCCCACCUGUCGUCCUUGGAUGGGGGCCAGGGGAGGGAACAAUGGGUUCCUCCUCACUUAAAUUUUAAAGUAGCCCCCACCUGAUGCCAAUGGGAUGGGGUUUUUUCUAGCGACUGGGCUGCCAUUAGCAUAAAACUAGUACUGCCUGCAGGCAAAUUGUUUGCCUGUUUUUUUGUUUGUUUUUUUCCAUCCUCCGGCCGAAGUUGAAAUCUCCAAGCCUGCACUUGGCUCAUUUGGCCUGGAUUUCAGCCGUCCAGUCCGGACCAAUUUCAGACCUGUUCGGGAUCUGAAUUACAAAAUCUUCCAUCAACAACGUCUGGAAUUUUCAAUCCGAAUGACCACAUAUGCAACCAGACAGUCUGGUGUGGGAAUAACCCUGUUAGUCUGUCUUUAUAUAUAAUCUCCUCCCCUUGCCCGUCUUGAUACUCUCUUUGCUUUCAUUUCUUAGCUGUUGUUGCUUUAGUUUUAUUUUCUGAAUGACAGAAAUCACUAAUACUUUUUUUACUUUUAUGUUUAGCCCCCACCACCGCUUGUUAAAAUGGUAGAUUUAUCAAAAGACAAAGAUUCAACUGUCAAUAAGACCAGCGUAAGUAGCGAGAAAGUCAGGAUCUCAUCUGGUAGGACUUGUCGGCCUUGGAAAUCAAAGGAUGAAAUAGUCAAGACUAGAAUACUGAGGCCAGAGACAAAUCCAGCUUGUGAAAAUAAGGAGGUAUGUAAUUAUUUUUAUUUACUGAAUCUAUGGAUCUUUUAAAGUGUUGUAAGUUAUACCUUUUUGUUUUAUGUUUUAAAAACUAGAACAUCCCAAGAACCAUAACUUGCUAAAGUGCUUUACGUGUUUGGAGUGCUCCUAUUAAAAUUGGACCCAGGAUUGGCCACUGUCUUCAAUCUAGUUUCCCAUUUUGCCCUCUAGGUACCUGAAUUCACAAUAACAAUAUAUUUGUCUUUCAGAAUGAAUUGCCAAGUGGGCUGAAUAAACCACGAAUGCAGGCUUUACUAAAAGGCUUCGGAGAGUAUCCAACAAAAUAUAGGUAGUGUUACAACUGAUUGAUUUUUAGCUAAGUGAUAAGGGGUAGGUUGAAACUCCUGUUCUUUUUGUUUGGGAAUGUUUGCAAAAAAAAAUAUUUCCUAUUCUGUUCCAUUUGAUCACAUAAAUGAAUAUGCAAGUGGGGGUUUUAUUGGAAGGCACAAUAUUUGUGAGGUUUUCUUUUUUCAUUAUACUAUCUUUAUAUUCUUGUUCAGAACUUAUUUUGGGCCCAGAUCAUUUGUCUACUCCUAGGAAUUCCUGUUCUAUUUCAGAUGUUCCCUUGCCCUUCUGUUGGUGCUCCCUAGUAGAACUGUGAGAUGGUUCAUUUUUGUGAAUUAACCUUUAACAAACCAACUUAGAAUUUCUGUCACACACAAAAAUCUUUUACUAAGUGUUUUGUCGUGGAUGCAGAUGUUAUUGUAACUGUGACUUUGAAAAGUAUAAUUAAGUUAUCUAAAUAAGCUGAGUAGUAUACAAAUUUGUAAUGUUUACAUUUUGAAAAUGUGUUUAAAUUAAGUGUGAUCACUCUUUGUAUUUCUGCACAGAAUGUUUAUUUGGAGGUCUUUGCUCCAACUGCCAGAGAAUCAUGCAGCUUUCAGCAGUUUAAUUGACAAAGGCACCCAUUCUCAGUAUGCACUUCUUCAUCAGGAUUACCCCAUCAAAAGUAGAAAGCUUCUGAGAGUUUUGCAGAGGUACAUUUUCUUUUUUCACUUUAGAGUUUGUGUUUUGUCAAACCUACAAAGCAGAACGUUAGAAGUAGUGGCAUAGAAUUAUCACUAACUGGGUAAAACCAAGCAGUAAACAAUGUUACACGUAUAACCACUGUUAUGGAAAAAGCUAUAAUGUAAAACAGAUUAUCCAAAAACCAAUAGAGGCUAGAGUAAAAUAUUUUGGUCAGAUUCUGUGUGAGUUUGAAUCCGUAUCAGUUUGUUUCACCUUCUAAAGUGUCAUUAUUUUGUACUGAUGCAUGCAGGGAAUAGCAAUGUAGAGCCAUGCCAGUUAACCUAUGUGACCAUUUGCAUUGACUUGAUUUGGUUUACUCCUCGGUGAUCCUUCCCAUGUGGGAAAUUAAGGAUUUGUCUCAAUUUUAUGUCUUUCCAACAGAACGCUCUCUUCCUUGGCUCACUGGUCUGCAAUAUUUGGAGAAACUAAAUAUCUGCCUCUGCUGGCAUUUCCAUUUGUGAAAUUAUUUCAGAACAAUCAGCUUAUCUGCUUUGAAGUUGUUGCUACUGUGCUAAGUAAGUUUUAUGUAAUAUUUGUGAAAAAACAGUCAUGUGGACAUUUCUCCACUGCCAUGUAUACAGGUGAUACUCAAAAAAUUAGAAUAUUGUGCAAAAGUUCAUUUAUUUCAGUAAUGCAACAUAAAAGGGGAAACUAAUAUAUGAGAUAGAUGCAUUACAUGCAAAGCAAGAUAGUUCAAGCCAUGAUUUGUCAUACGUGCGAUGAUUAUGGCUUACAGCUCAUGAAAACCCCAAAUCCACAAUCUCAGUAAAUUAGAAUAUUACAUGCAAUAAAUAAAACAAGGAGUGUACAUAGAACAAUAUUUCCCUUCCACAUAACUUUCUAUUAAUGUGCUUUGAUACAGAACUUUGGGAACAUCCAAAUUCCUUUGCAAUUACCUUUUGAGGCUUUCCCUCAUUAUGGAGGGUGUCAAUGAUGGUUUUCUGCACAACUGUCAAUUCAGCAGUCUUCCCCAUGAUUGUGAUUCCUAAUGAACCAGACUGAGAGACCAUUUAAAGGCUGAGAAACCCUUUACAGGUGUUAUGGAUUACUUAGCUGAUCAGAGUGGGACACUGUGAGCCUAGAAUAUUGCACCUUUUCACAAUAUUCUAAUUUACUGAGAUUGUGGAUUUGGGGUUUUCAUGAGCUGUAAGCCAUAAUCAUCGCACUUAUGACAUAUCACGUCUUGAACUAUCUUGCUUUGCAUGUAAUGCGUCUAUCUCAUAUAUCAGUUUCCCCUUUUACAUUGCAUUACUGAAAUAAAUGAACUUUUGCACGAUAUUCAAAUUUUUCGAGUAUCACCUGUAGUACAAAAACUGUGCAGUUCUUUCCUGUGUAAAGUUAAUUUUGUUCUUAUUUUCUUUAUAGCUAAUUGGUGUCAACAUUGGUUUGAGUAUUUUCCAAAUCCACCAAUCAACAUCCUGGGUAUGAUUGAGAAUGUCCUCGUGCAUCAUGACAAGGAGCUAGUGCAACAUUUAGUGAAUCAUGGGGUGACGGCCCAGGUAAAGUCCAUAUUUCUCUGAAGAACACCACUGUGUGUUUGUAUUAUCCCAGUUACCAAAAGCACAGUGAAAAGAAUGCACGUAGCUUUCUUUUUACUUCUUUAUAUUGCAAGCAUAUAUAAAUUCAUACUGAGUCUGAAAUGUACUGUAGCUGUUUGCCCAUUCUUAUUUGUUUUUGGAUUUAUGUAGAGUUUAAACAGAGGAAUGAUCAGCACACAAUGAAAGAUCAGGUAGUAUCAUUUGAAAACAGGCUUGCACAGAAACACAUACAGAUAAAUGUAAAUGUCAGCCUCAAAGUAUCCACUUGCCAUUGGACAAUGUAAAGCCAUGAGUGUGUCAUUGAUCCCUAACCGCCUACACUGCUUCGUUCUCAGCAUUGAUAUAGAGACCAGAAACAUGAAGUCUACAGGCAGCAUGCAAGGCAUCUUGCAACUCAAACCAUGUACACAAAUGCAAGCAAAUUUCAGAAUUUGGACAGGGUGUGCUUCUGUCUUGUUCAUUCUUAGAGCUCCUGUUGAAGGAGAAGAUUUGCAGAGUAACUUUCAGGCCUGGAUCGUACUAUAGGACUUGCACAUGUUAUACUUCAUUGCCAGCAUUCAUUGGUCAGAAUUUAGAGUUUUACAUUCGUUAUAUAUGUUCCUGUUAGUUUAUUCUAAAGGAAUUAUUAAUUAAUGGAAUAUCAGCAAUAUCACCCAAGUAUCAAGAUUUUAGAUUAUGUCCAAAUAGCCCAUGCAUUUUUCCGUAGGUUUUUUUUUUUUUUUCUACCAGCCAUUUGAUAAUUUUCAGUGUGCAGAGCCAUGGGCAGAGUCUAGCGGGGUAGAUUAAAUGGAAGUUAAUUAUUUUCUUCAAAUGCAUUUUCUACCAAACGUUACAUAAAGUUAAAGUGUAAUAAAAAUGUAAUUGUAGGUUUUGUUUGAAUGAUAUUGUUGCUUUAAAAUUUUAACUCUUCCCAUUUAACAAAAAAACAAGACAAAUUUGUAUUAAAUGUGUUUCAAUGUCAUGUUUUCUCUGUAGAUUUAUGCAUGGCCUCUAUUGGAAACGCUGUUUUCUGAAGUUUUAACAAGAGAAGAAUGGCUGAAGCUGUUUGAUAACGUGUUUUCUAACCACCCUUCGUUCCUUCUGAUGGCUGUUGUAGCUUAUGUCAUAUCCUCUCGGUCACCAUUAUUGUACUGCAACCAGAAGGAUGACUUUGAGGUAAGGAAUCUAUUGCACCAUGUUCCUAAGUUCUGGAUGAUAUCUCUAUCCUACGAUCUCUUUAUAUUGCAAUCUUGCAUAUCUUUGGAGUAACAUACACAAUUUUCAGUAACAAUGAUCUAAAGAAUUGUAUCAUAUGGCCAUUCUGAAGAAGAAGAAAAAUGAAAUUUCUCUGCAUUCUCCUCUGUAACUUGCGUAUGUCACAUCAUUUUGUCAGAUUGUAUGGUUCAACGGUGCAGGUAAAUUUUGAAUAAAGAUUUAGGAGAUAAUGUUUUGCCAACAAGCUUAGAUUCUUUGACCCAGAAAGUAAUGCCUUAAUAUAUUAUUGAAACUAUAUUUGAAAUUACAUUUCAGUGCAAUCUCACUUUCACAGUCACAGGGACAUAGAACAAGGUCACUUUACUUAACUAUAUUCGUAGAAUAUCCAUAGUGUAAUAAAUACUUAAAUUCAAAACCCCAGGAAUUAAUUAAUUAAAGGUUCACUUCAUGCCAGAAGUAUCCCCUAUUUUCCUCACAUCAUAUAGAUAAUGCAUUAAAAAUAGGAAUAAUAAAUUAAGACAUAUUUACCCUUUUCUGCUAAUUCCCCGGCAGCAGCUGUAGAGAGCCCCUCUCCCUGCAGACCCCUGUCAAAAUUGAUGUAUGAUCAGGAGAAAAAGUAAAGAUUCCUCUUAUGACAUUAGAGGUAAAAGUAGCAGGCUUAGAGUUAAAUUGAUUGUUGUGCAGGAAGUAAGUGAUAGGGAAUCUCAUUGCAUAAUAACCAAUGCAAUGAGUGUAUAUGUCAAAUAAAUGCAACUUUGAUAUGUAUACAAGCAUAGUAGACCAUAAUGAAGAUUAUCAUUGGUGCCAUAAGGUUUCUGACGCAUGUUUGUACUUUUGGUUUGUCUAGUACUUUUUUCAUCACCGGAAUAAUUUGGAUAUUAACAACAUGAUCAAAGAAGCGUAUCAUCUCGUGGAUGCCACCCCUGCAGACAUCCACCCACAGCGUUUGAUAACUGACUUUGUGCCACUUACUAAAGGGCAGUAUCCAAUAUUCAACAAAUACCCCAAGUUCAUUGUCGAUUACCAGAGUCAGGAGCGAGAGAGGAUUAGGCAGGAGGAAAUGGAAUAUUUGCGCGAGAGGUACAUGAGAAAACUAUGUUUUUAUCUCUUUCCAGGACAACAGUUACUUCCCAAGAUUUUUAAUAUUGUUAAAUCUCUAUUAUUCUAUUGACAAAUAUGUUUUAGAGAGGUAUGAAAAAUAAAAUGAAAUGUAGAAAUCCACACCUUUUUUUUGUCCUACAACUGAGUGCCACCAUCUUAGCUUCCUGUCAAUGGUAGUUCACAGAGAGCAUACAGAGAACAGGAGAGAUUAAUCAAUGUUUCUAUUUCUCCUCCUCGUUUGCAUUGUUUGCCCUAGAUUAUGAUAUCAUUUCUUGAAUCCUUAGUAUAAAUUUAAAAGAAUCCAGAGCAUCUCAGUGAAAAAGGUUAACACAAGUUAUAGGUGAUUUUCAAUGUAUUAAUCAAAGGUGUAAAAAUUAAAGAUUCCCCUUUAGUGUGCAAACAACAAUAUGCUAUGCACAAAGCACUUCACAUGCUGUUAUUGAAGGCUUUAUUUACAUUAAUACAUUUUGCAGUUUUAAGUGCAAAGAGUCAGGGGCAAGCACAGUUUAAUACUGCUACAUAUAAUGUACAUGACUUAACUCCUUAAUUUCCAAAUGUGUGCUUGUUGUUUUAUGUUGAAAUGAAGUUAUGUGCAGGUUAACCCAUGGAAUAUCAGAGGUACAUUGUAACAAGCAUCGUCCAUGGUAUACUGCAUCAUUACAGAGUGUACUUUUUAACCUUUUAAUGUGAAUUGUAUUUUUGUAACAUAUAGCAGUAGUACACCAGAGAUAUCCAAAUUAUGCUGGACAGGUAACUUCUUAUCUAAAACAGAGGUAAAGAAUCACUAAAGUUUCAGGAAAACAAACUCGUUUUCCUGACACUAUAGCAUCCUUGGGGCACACACACCCUCAGGGCCCCCCUCCCUUGGCGCUGAAGGGGUUAAAACCCCUUCAGCAGCUUACCUUAAUCCAUCGCCGGACUCCCUCGGCGCUGGUGACCUCUCCUCUCCCGCUGACGUCAGCUCCCUAGUGGAGCGGAAUGUGCAUGCGCAGCAAGAGCCACGCGCAUAUUCAAACAGUCCAUAGGAAAGUAUUUCUCAAUGCUUUCCUAUGGACGUUCUGCACAUUGGAUGCGAGCUUCGCAUCUAACGUCGCAGAAGCGCCUCUAGCGGCUGUCAGGAAGACCGCCACUAGAGGUUGGAUUAACCCUGCUAUGUAAACAUAGCAGUUUCUCUGAAACUGCUAUGUUUACAUGUGAAGGGUUAAAACCUGAGGGACCUGGCACCCCGACCACUUCAUUGAGCUGAAGUGGUUUGGGUGACUAUAGUGUCCCUUUAAUAUUAGUCCCCUCAUUACCUGAUACCUUAAAUAGUUCUUCUGAAAUCCAGACCAUCGGUUCUUUCUUGUCCUGCGAGCAGGACGGACCGAUAAUGUAGUCAGGCAGGAAUUUGGUGGGGUUGUCACAGGCUGCUAUCUGGGAGACAACAUAAGGAAGGCCAGGUACCCUUGAUGUAUUGAGUAGUACAAUAGGAGACUACAUCAUAAUUUGUAAGCUUUGUAGUUUUGUACUGAUGCAAUCACACCGCAAGGUGUACUCUGUCCCUCAUUUUAUAUACCAUCCGCAGAGCCCUUUUUACCUUUAGUAUUAUACUGUGUUCAUUGUACUGUCUUUUCCCCCAAUUGUACACCUCUGCAGAACUUUUUAAAACUUUAUAAAUGCCAGUAAUACUAUCUUCUCUCUGUAUUAAAGGGAACUUGUUCAUGUUCAACAAAACAUUUAUCAUUUUUUGCAGCAUUAAAUACAUAAUUUGUCAUAAAGAUAAAUUGUAUAUCGUAAUGCUUUAGAUUUAUGAUCUCACCUACUCUCCAGUGUGUCAGCGCUGUCAUGUUUAAAGGUCUAUGCAGUAUACGUUACUGUAGCACCAACUGCCCGGUUCCCACCGCUGUUUCAUUACUGAUCUUAUUUGGGUAUCUGACUUCCCUAAAGCUAAUGACUACCACCUCCUAACUUCACUGUCACUGUAGUAGUGUUUAGAUGGAGUGACAUCAGUCCAAUCUUUCCUAUAGAAAAUGCAUGCUAAGGGAACAGCGUUGUAACAGAGUGUAGGAGAACCAUCUGUAGGAGAGCUUCUGUCCUGCUCUCAUUUCCCCUCUUUUUAUUUAUUUACCACAGACAAUUAACUCACGAAGUAGAAACUGAAGCAUUGAAGCGCAGGGUGGAAGAUGAAGCCUGGUACCAGCAGCAGAAACUACUGCGCGGGGCAGAGGAACAGAGACGGAAACUUCUAAAGGAAGAGGAAGACAAACUGCUACAUCAAAGGCAAAGGUAUUGUUUGAGAGGUCCAUCAAACUGAUCAUAUAUCCAUCAUUACUACACCCUUUCUAACUUGGUGUUGAUGCUCUGAAUGAGAAGCAUCUUGACUUCAAAUCACCAAACCAGAAUAUAAUUGAUGCACAAGACAAACUGGUAUGCAGCAGUGAUAUAGGCGAUCACAAAACGUUUGCAUUUUCAAUGAGACCAAAUAUGUUUUGUUGUUUUUAAUGUAAGCACAAAAAAAUCCUUGGGGGGGUUUCUCCCGCAACUCGGGAAUCUUCCAACCUAAGAACAAUAAUACUGAUGUACCAAGGAUACAGAAAUAACAAUAUUCAAUAUUAGUGCAAUAUACUAUAAUCUUACAGGGGUUUGUUUCUUUCCUUGUCUUAUUUAGCUUUAGCCAGUCUCCCUGCAGCUGAACAUUUAUUAUUUACAUUGUUUGACUGUUAGGACAAAUACCAGGAAUCCCAUACCUUAUGGGCAAUGACAUAUUAUAACCUGAUCUGUCCUGUCCAGGCUGGCAGCUGUAAAACGUGAGCUCAAACUGAAGGAGCUUCAGCUUUUGGAGGCAGCGCGAAGACGUUUUCUAAAAUAUCAGCAGGAACAACGCAAGAUGGAACUAAAACGACUGGAUGAUGAGAUUGAACGAAAGGUACUGCUCUUUAAACAAAAGCAACAUUCACUGUACGGAUCUCCUAGAUUAGCAUACCUAUAUUCCUCUAUCAUUUGAUCAUCGCAUUGAUUACUUCUACCCACAGUGUGGUUUGUUUGUUGUAUUUCCUUUUCUGAUUUGCACUCUGUGUCCUUUUAAUAGCUAAACUCCAUUUUUCCUGCAAUUAGCCUGAUGGCCUUUUGUGAAGCAAAGUUUUAUGUAUCCAUUGUGGGAGCCAAAUUACUAGCAACUAUACAGAUAAAACUAUUUUUGCUCAUUUUAGCCUCCAUCAAUGUGCUAUCCGCGUAGUUGUACAAACUGCCAACAUGGCAAUGAGAGCCCAAGCAGUAUGGUCUUCCCACAAUGCAUAGGGAGUGGCUGUGCACUAGGAAUUGUGAAAGUAUGCAGACCAUGUCUAAAAACUUCAAAUGGAUAUAACUUUAUUUAAUAUAUAGACUUAGCAGAUUGUAUUGAUUGCAUUUUAUAAUUGAUCUUGCAAUGCACACAUACCUUCCUAAUUAGUAAAGGUAUCUUUUUUUUUUCAGUGCUGUACUGCUAUAAACAAGCCAUUUAUCACAAUACCAGUUAGUCUUGCAGAAUGUAGUAAUGGUACUCUUUUUACAAACUUGCAGCAUAGACGAAUCCCCUCUCGCAUUGUGAUUGGUUAGGACAAAAAAAAAACAAGCAAAAGUCUCCACACUGACUAGCUAAUUGAAUAUUAAAAUUAAACAAGAUUGGAUGUUGCAAUUACGAUGAUGAAAAAGUUAAACCAUAAUGCAUUUCUACAACUGUUCUGAUGUUUAUUUGUUACUGUAUCAGAUGUCUAUGCGGGAAAGGGAAACCGCCACGGUAGUUCAAGAUGUUGAAAUACGGCAAAUGGAACUUGAAGCACAGCGACGGUUCUUUGAACAAGUAGGGCUCUUACUGGGAAUUCUACUCUAUGCAGUACUAAUAGUUUUCUUUUUAUUUAUUCUUUUCUUUUAUUUGAGAAAGUUGUUUCUUGAAAAAGAAAAUCUGUUUAAUUACUGGAAGGGAGGGGCACAAUGGGAAGGGAUACAUUUCAAAAGCAAUAUUCUGCUCAUGCCUCUGGCACUUUAUUAAACUGAUUUCCACAAGACGGCUUUUGUAAUGGAGUCUUUAUGUCAGUCUUUAUGUAGUAAGUGUCAUUCCUUUACUGCAAUUAGUGGCCCAGUUCAUUUUAGGUUUAACAGAGAAUUGAUAAUAAUCUACCUUAUAUCCAACACUUAAAGCCCAUUGUUAUUUAUUAAAAGAUUAGGUCACAGAUGUACCUCACUGCGUAACCAUCCCAAAAUGAAUUCAAUAUUUGGCAAAAUAUGAGCAGUGCAAUAUUAUUUUCACAUGCUUUGUUUGACAAAUUAAUUUGAAAUGCUCCUGGCAUCUAAAAGGCAGCUAGAGAGGCUUACUAUCAAUAACAAUGUAAACAGAGAUCACCUGAUUGGGUGAACAAUAAAUGAUUUCUUCUUAUACAGAAACUGGCAAAAGAGCAGGAAGCUGUGACUCAGGAAUUGAAAGGGGAGCUGGACACUAACCGUAGAAAGGCCGACCUUGAAGAACAAAUGUUCUGGAGACUCAUGGAAAACAAAGACGACCUCAAGGAUCAGAAGGUCAGUGUUUCAAAAUGAAUGAAGCAGAAUCUCUGUUUCUGUCCUGCGCGGCACUUUGGAUCAGCAGUUUAAUUAUAUGAAAAAUGAACAUGAAAAACUUGGCUUUCAUGCUUCCUGAGAAGGUCCCUGUCCUGAAAUAUAAUGUAUUUUCUUUUUCAUUUAUAAAAAGCAAGCAUUACUCAUAGGAGCACACAAUCUGAAUUAAUAUGUAAAACUUCCAAAUUUGCAGUGAGAAAUUAUCUAAACUUAAUGGGUAAAAGUAACUUUCACAAUUUUACUAUCUUUGUUUUCCUUACUGUCACUGAUUCCACAUAUAGUGAGAUAAUCCCACACUACUGCAGAUAUUUCAGGAAACGCCAAACCUAAAAAAGAUCUAUAAAUUCAGGGGGGGUAGAUUUUCCUGUCCUGCCUUUAGUAUGUACACUGGAAGUGCCAACAACUUUGUGCCCUUUUUCCUAUUACCCUGCAUGCCUUUCCAAAGUUUACUCACUUUUUUUUUCCAAGUUCCUCUGUUGGAAUAAUAUUUGGUAGAACCGCACUGGAGAGUUCUACUUGUGAGUGUAUCAACUCAGAUGUUUUUAACUUGAUUUCAUUAAAAUACUACACUAUAUAUUUUUCUUUCUCUAUUUCUUGUUUUUAUUCUGAGUACCUUUUGUUGCAUAUCAGUUUUGGUAAGGUUUAUAUAACCGUUUCAUAUGGUAAUAACUUGAAAUGUUAAACACAUUGUUAUUGUAGUUUUUUCUUGUUUGUAUUUUUCGACUUGCCACUGAAUUGGAAAUGUUCAAUAAGGCAUAGAACUGGUCUUACCCUUAGCUCCCAGUCCAACAGGCGAUUUAACAAGAUUUUUUUAACAGUAUAGAAGUUCAAUUUUUAUCUUUGUACUUCCUCCAUGUCUUUGUUUUUAAUAGUUGCUUGAAGAGAGCUUGGCACAGGCUGAUCGUCUGUGUUUGGAGACCGAAUUGAAAAUUCAAGCCCUUAACAAGCAGAAACUAGAUGAUGUUGACCGGGGAAAAUGUUAUGAUAAGGUUGUAAAACUAGCAGAAGACGUUAAGGAAAAAGAAAAGGAGCUACUCGAUGUCAUUAAAGACCUGGAGACAAGAAAGGUUUGUCCUGAGACUGAUUCACCAGUUCUAAUUACUAGUUAGGAUUCUGCUGACCCUCUGUCUUACAGUAUGCAUGCUUAAUCUGAUUCACCAGUUCUAAUUACUAGUUAGGAUUCAGCUGACCCUCUGUCUUACAGUAUGCAUGCUUAAUCUGUUUCACCAGUUCUAAUUACUAGUUAGGAUUCAGCUGACCCUCUGUCUUACAGUAUGCAUGCUUAAUCUGUUUCACCAGUUCUAAUUACUAGUUAGGAUUCUGCUGACCCUCUGUCUUACAGUAUGCAUGCUUAAUCUGAUUCACCAGUUCUAAUUACUAGUUAGGAUUCUGCUGACCCUCUGUCUUACAGUAUGCAUGCUUAAUCUGAUUCACCAGUUCUAAUUACUAGUUAGGAUUCAGCUGACCCUCUGUCUUACAGUAUGCAUGCUUAAUCUGUUUCACCAGUUCUAAUUACUAGUUAGGAUUCUGCUGACCCUCUGUCUUACAGUAUGCAUGCUUAAUCUGAUUCACCAGUUCUAAUUACUAGUUAGGAUUCUGCUGACCCUCUGUCUUACAGUAUGCAUGCUUAAUCUGAUUCACCAGUUCUAAUUACUAGUUAGGAUUCAGCUGACCCUCUGUCUUACAGUAUGGUUUCACCAGUUCUAAUUACUAGUUAGGAUUCUGCUGACCCUCUGUCUUACAGUAUGCAUGCUUAAUCUGAUUCACCAGUGCUCUAACUAGUUAGGAUUCUGUUGACCCUCUGUCUUACAGUAUGCAUGCUUAAUCUGAUUCACCAGUUCUAAUUACUAGUUAGGAUUCUGCUGACCCUCUGUCUUACAGUAUGCAUGCUUAAUCUGAUUCACCAGUUCUAAUUACUAGUUAGGAUUCAGCUGACCCUCUGUCUUACAGUAUGCAUGCUUAAUCUGUUUCACCAGUUCUAAUUACUAGUUAGGAUUCUGCUGACCCUCUGUCUUACAGUAUGCAUGCUUAAUCUGAUUCACCAGUUCUAAUUACUAGUUAGGAUUCUGCUGACCCUCUGUCUUACAGUAUGCAUGCUUAAUCUGAUUCACCAGUUCUAAUUACUAGUUAGGAUUCAGCUGACCCUCUGUCUUACAGUAUGCAUGCUUAAUCUGUUUCACCAGUUCUAAUUACUAGUUAGGAUUCUGCUGACCCUCUGUCUUACAGUAUGCAUGCUUAAUCUGAUUCACCAGUUCUAAUUACUAGUUAGGAUUCUGCUGACCCUCUGUCUUACAGUAUGUAUGCUUAAUCUGUUUCACCAUUUUUGAAAUCUAAAUCAUUAUUAAAUAUUGGUAAUGUUCACCUGAGCUGCAAAGUUUCUAUACUCCGUGUAAAUUAUUUCUUUGUUGUACUUUCCCAGUGCAGCUACUUGUCUGUUGCAACGCCCCCUGUGCCCAUUUCACCCAUUUUCAGUGUCAAUGUGCUCUCGGGAAACAUUUGCAGUUUUUUUUUUAAUAAAGUGAGAAUUCACAUUUAAGGUUAGAAUAGUUAAACUGGAAAAUUUCUCCUAAGUCAGCUAUGCAUUCAGUUUGGCUACUCUGGCCUUAUAUUUAGCUAACCUUUGCUGGGUGUUAAAAUAUGUUGUCCAGGCCCUAGAGGUUAUUUGCCACUGCAAGCCACACUACACACUCUAGUGGACAUUUAGCCCAGGCAAGCAGUGCUGAGUGGAAAUAUCGAGCCUUGUCCUAUUGUAUACAUUUCAUUCCUCUCCUUUGAGGCUAUUUCAUUGUCCUAUUAAGAAAGGUGCGGAGGGGGUUCUUAUCUCCCUGCUCAGAGCUGUGAAGCAGCUAAUGCCAUUCAGGUCAGCAGAGUUUUUGCGAAAUGUUCUUGUAAAACGUCCAAUAUUAAAAAAUGUUAUAAUGUUAAAUAUACUUUAAUAUGUAUGUUUUUACAUAUUCCAAAUAUGUGUGUUGUUAUCCACUAAGCGGUUAUUUGCGGAAGUGUUCAUAAAAUAUUCCACAGUGCUUCUGUAUGAGAAGCUUUUGAUUUGUCCCUGCCCAGCACUAACUAGGAGGUUCGUACUGGGCAUAAAGGGGAUAGGUCCACUCAGAAAAGGUUGGCAGCAAAUGUGUUUUUUGUUUUGUUUUUUAAACUGCUUUCUUAACAUGCAGUAAAAUUAUGCAUUUUGCAACCUACACAUAUCCAUAUUUUCACUGCAGUUUGUUGUUUUCCAGUUCUAACAGCAGUUUCUGGGUUCCUUUUUGUGCUAACAUAUACCUAUGUCAUUGUCAUUUUAGUGGGCCGAUGUCUCAAACAGAAGAGCUCAGCUGGAAAGUGAGCAACAUGAAACAUCUGUAUUGGAUAACCAAAGGAAAUGCUUUUUACAAACUGGCAUGGUUCAAGAGGUUCACCCCGAAGAUGUCCUAGAAGAUGAAAAUGAUUGUUUUGGUUAGUAGUAUUCUUGGUUUAUCUUUUUUUUUAAUUUUGUUGCAGUCGAGCACUAUUUAUCACUGAUGUAUCUGAAAUCGAGUGUUGUAAUGCCAGUAUAUGAAAUGCAAAGAAAAUGUGUUAAGCAUAAGAAAACAUUUACCUUGGGUUUAUGGUUUCACUGCUGUUGGAAAUCAUCAUUGAGUUGGUGGUUAUAUAUUUUUUCUAAUUAAAAACAUGACUUUGUGAGUGCUUAUAAGUAGAUAUUUAAGAUUUGAUUUAAAUCAAUGUUACUCAAGGUUUUUCCUGUUUUAUUUUUAAUUUUUUAAUUUUUUUAAGAAAGAAUUUGUAAUUUUUUUUUUUUUUUUCAUUAAUCUUUGUGAAUUCGAUGUGUUUGUUUUUUUUAUUACUUUCGUUCUUGUGGCACAGCUUCGGUAAAUCUAUUGGUAGCAUGACAAUGCUGGUAUGUUAUGUGUUGUGACUUGUUUUAUUAGGGUUGAUAUCAGACUGUAUCCUAGUUUUUCUAAAUAUUAGGUUUCUGGUAUAUGUUUUUGUUUCGCACAGAAAAACUCUGCAAUUUAAGACUUGGUUCCUCUGAGAGAAAUUCGGAGCAACGAAAAACAGAAGAUCAACAGAGACCUGGGAACGUCUGUUUAAAUGAUGUCUCUUCCUCGGAUUCAUCUGCUCAUUGUAGGUUUUUCUAGAGACAUGUUGGUGUUAUGUAUGUUGUUAAUAGUAGAUUUUUAAAUGCUUGACACCAAUGGGAAAGGGGGUGGUCAUAUUUUAAAAUGUUUUAUUAAAGGAACACUUUUUCUUAGGACCUUUCAACAUUGGUAGUAAGGGGUGAUGCCAGGCAGACCCCCAGUAAGAAGUCAAACCAUUCAAAAACAGUUUGACUAUUUACUGUGGAGGGGAAGGGGCAGUCGAGCUGAAAUGGUUAUGCAGCUUGGAGUGUUCCUUUGAGAACACUUCUAAGUAUGCACUUUACAAUCAUUAAUAGAUUUGGUGCCAGACAAAAUGGGGCUUAAUUUCAAAAGAUUGCUUCCCCAUACAUUAACAUUAUGUUUGUAGCAUAUAACUAAAAAUAUGCAUAUAGUACCAACUUAGCUUUUUUUCCAUCUCCCAUAUUUUUCCCUAAAAUCCCUGUAAAUAAAUCUCUUUACCAUAUUCAUUGAUCAUUUUGUGUGUGUGUUUAGUUUUUUCCAGUCUUCCCAAUUAUAAAUCCUUAAAGAUACACUCUAAGCACCAGAACCAAAACUGCUUAAUCAUUCAGUACUGUUAGAAAACCUUUUCAAAUUAUUGCAAAAAUUCUCAUAGACUUUAAUGGUGACUUCUGUAGAUAAAUCAGUUGGAAAGCUUAAUAAAUCGAGACCUAUGUUUGAUAUUUAUAGCUUAUGUCUUUUCGGUGUGACGUAGUAGACACGUGACCCUUGAUUGUCUGUCUUUAAAUGUAAAUUAUAUUCUACCCUUCAAUAAUAUAAAAAAAACAGUCUUAUCGAGCAAUGUUAUUAAAUAAUCCUAUGCUUUUAUUCCUUAAAGUUUCUUUAGACCGAGGCAGAGCGGACCUAGACCUCCGAGAACGCAUUCUUAUAAAUGAAGUACGAGAUCUGAGACAGAAACUGGCUUCCCAGGCACGGAAACAUCAUCCCAUGGCGCGCUAUCCGGAUACAAACUGGACUUAGGAAACAGUGUUACGGAAUCUGUAAAAUACCCACCUUUACGAUCACAUAGUUGAUUUUAUUCUAUUUAUUUUUAAUACAAGUGCUGGAUUUUGUUCAGCAUCGAUGAUGCCCAAAAGUCUAUUAAAAUCAGAAGGUUUUAUUGUACAGUAAA